AUGCCUUUCGGUCUGACAAAUGCACCGGCUACGUUCCAACGGUUGAUGGAUAUUGUUUUAGCAGGACUUAAAUGGAAAUGUUGUCUCGUUUACCUGGACGAUAUAAUUGUGUACUCGGCGACCUUCGAACAACAUCUCGAGGAUCUACGCAAUGUUUUCACUGCACUUGGAGAUGCGAAUCUUACACUCACAGCAUCAAAAUGUAAUUUUUGUCGACGGGAAAUGAAAUUUCUUGGACAUUUAAUAACUUCUCAAGGCAUCAAACCAGAUCCUGACUUAACGGCUACUAUCACUGCAUUUCAACAACCAACUAAACUCAAGGAUGUGCAAGCUUUUCUCGGUCUGACAGGUUAUUACCGUCGUUUCAUUAAAAACUAUGCCAAAAUCGCCGAACCAUUACUAAAAUUAUUACGCUCGUCACUGUCCACUGGUAAACAAAGUCAUCUACUCUGGAAUGAUGAAUGCACUGUCGCUUUCAAUACUUUGAAACAGCAGCUGAUCUCUUCUCCUAUCAUGCAGCCUCCAAAUUUUUCAUUUCCGUUCAUUCUUGAAUUAGACGCCUGCGAAUAUGAAAUCGGCUGUGUCCUAACUCAAGAAUACGACAAUAGAAAAUAUGUUGUUGCAUAUGCCAGUCGCACACUGUCCACUGCUGAACGUAAAUAUAGUUCAGUAGAACGUGAAGCUCUCGCCAUUGUGUGGGCUACAAAACACUUUCGACAAUAUUUGGAAGGCGGACCCGUAAUUGUCCGCUCAGAUUACAAAGCCCUUGAAUGGCUCAAGACAGCACGUGAUCCUACCGGUCGCCUUGCACGUUGGGCACUGAAAAUAUCCCCGUACAACAUUAUCAUACAACAUCGUCCCGGCACAUCGAAUCCGAAUGGAGACUUUGUUUCGAGAUAUCCCGUUCCAUCGAUCUAUACUUCAGCCCCGGAUUUAAAUUCUAUCGAUGUAGGACUUAACAUUUUCGAAGGUACCAAUAUACUCAAUGACGUUCAGGCACAACAACUACAAGAUCCCCGCACUGCACGAAUCAUUCAGGAUUUACAACACAACUCGUCUCAACACUAUGGUAAUAAACACGCACCAUACGUACUCAUUAAUAAUCUACUGUACAAAAUACGUCACAUCAACUCUUAUAAUGAUCAACGGCCCCUAGGCAACAAACAUUUACUUGUAAACCCGCAAUCACUACAACAAUCAAUCCUUAGUUGGGCACACAAUCAUCCAACUGCCGGUCACGCUGGUCGCAUUAAAACACUUUAUCGAUUAACUUCUGGAGUGUACUGGCCGUCAAUGCGUCGAGACGUCUUUAAAUAA